CCACCAUUACAUCACCCCAGAGGAAGCCUUGCACUUGGGUCUUUGUUUGUUUUCCCAACCUGUCUAUCCUCUACGGGCGUGCAGGUAGCAAGGCUAGGCCCUUUGAAGCAGACGGUAAACAUAGCUGGCCUGUGGGAGACGUAGCCGUGAGGUGUUCCAGUGCCAGUCCGUACCUGUACCUGCCUCCUCCUCCUUCUUCUGGUUGCGAUGGACACCACAGGUGGAUCGUCCUUUCUCUGGAUAUGAGAAACGUUCUCCAGUUCAGUGGGAAAGUAUAGAAAAUGUAACGUCUUUUUUUCUUGUGUGGAUGUUGAAGUCUCUCGUGGAUCGAGUAGUGCUGGAUCACAGGGCUCGUUUCCUGUGAGAAGAUGAAAGGUCGUGACUUGUUUGCCGUGCACCUGGAGUGAAAGUGCCACACCGCACACAUGGAGUUCCUCAAGAGCCUCGUGCCCACUGUGAUUUCCGGGGACGCUGGAGGAGCGGUGGAGUCUGGGGGGCUGUUGCCACGGGAGACGGGCCCACGCUUACUGAGGGUGAAGCGUCUUAGUCUGCUGUCGAUGGGCCCAGCUAUCGAGGAAGACCACGAGGGUGGCCCAGGCCAAACUAAUCGACUGUCUCGACUCAUCAGGCAUCGUGCAAAAGCCUCCGUCCCAGUGAGCAGCAGCGCAAAUAGACGCCAUACGGCUCUGUCCGUUCCACUCAGCUGGGAGAAGCGCAGCGUUCAUACCGCAGCUAUGUCCAGCAUCACCAUAGACCCCGAGCUCAAGCCCGGGGAGUUCGUCAUCAAGAGCCUUUUCGCCGAGUUUGCAGUGCUCGCCGAGAAGAAGAUCGAGGUGGUCAUGGCUGAACCGCUGGAGAAGCCUUUAUCCAGAUCUCUGCAGAGAGGGGAAGAUGCGCAGUUUGAUCAGUUAAUAAGCUCUAUGAGCUCGAUAGCAGAACACUGUUUGCCCUCGCUGCUGCGCACACUGUUCGACUGGUACCGGAGGCAGAGCGGCACUGAGGACGAGUCCUACGAAUACAGGCCCAGAUCUAGCACCAAGUCCAAAGGGGACGAACAGCAUCGGGAUAAAGACUACCUACAAGAGAGGAGGGACUUAGCCAUAGACUUCAUUUUUUGUUUAGUUUUAGUAGAGGUUUUGAAACAGAUUCCUCUUCAUCCUGUACCAGAUGCAUUAGUACAUGAGGUUCUUAACUUGGCCUUUAAGCACUUUAAACACAAAGAGGGGUACUCCGGCCCCAACACUGGUAACGUGCACAUCAUUGCAGAUCUGUACGCCGAGGUCAUUGGAGUCCUCACUCAAUCCAAGUUUCAGGCAGUGCGUAAGAAGUUCAUCACAGAGCUAAAAGAACUGCGGCAGAAAGAGCAGAGUCCUCACGUGGUGCAGAGCGUCAUCAGCCUCAUCAUGGGCAUGAAGUUCUUCAGAGUCAAAAUGUACCCUGUGGAAGACUUUGAGGCUUCCUUCCAGUUUAUGCAGGAAUGUGCCCAGUAUUUCCUUGAGGUCAAAGACAAGGAUAUAAAGCAUGCUUUAGCUGGCUUGUUUGUGGAGAUUCUCAUCCCUGUAGCUGCUGCUGUGAAGAAUGAGGUGAACGUGCCCUGCCUGAAGAACUUUGUAGAGAUGCUCUACCAGACUACUUUCGACCUCAGCUCCAGGAAGAAACACUCAUUGGCACUGUAUCCUCUGGUCACAUGUUUGCUGUGUGUCAGUCAAAAGCAAUUUUUCCUCAAUAACUGGCACAUCUUCCUGCAGAACUGCCUCUCACACCUAAAGAUGCCAUCAAACAACAGCAUCCGUAAGCAGAUUGAGACUCUCCAGAACAAAGAUCCCAAAAUGUCUCGUGUAGCACUGGAGUCCCUCUACAGGCUGCUGUGGGUUUACAUCAUCAGGAUCAAGUGCGAGAGCAACACCACCACACAGAGUCGCCUCCUCAGUAUUGUUUCAGCACUUUUCCCCAAGGGCUCCCGCAGUGUGGUACCCAGGGACACACCACUUAACAUCUUUGUCAAGAUCAUUCAGUUCAUUGCUCAGGAAAGGCUGGACUUUGCCAUGAAAGAAAUCAUCUACGACCUGCUCUGUGUUGGAAAGUCUCACAAGACCUUCACCAUCAACCCAGAGAGAAUGAAUAUUGGUUUACGGGCAUUCCUGGUGAUAGCAGACAGUCUCCAGCAGAAAGACGGCGAGCCACCAAUGCCCACCACCGGUGUCAUCCUGCCUUCGGGGAACACCUUACGGGUCAAAAAAAUCUUCCUCAACACCACCCUUACUGAUGAGGAGGCCAAGGUCAUCGGAAUGUCUCUGUACUACCCUCAGGUGAGAAAAGCUCUAGAUAACAUCCUUAGGCACCUGGAUAAAGAGGUGGGCCGCUCCAUGAGCAUGACCAGUGUGCAGAUGUCCAAUAAAGAGCCAGAGGACAUGAUCACUGGGGAGAGAAAGCCGAAGAUCGAUCUGUUCCGGACAUGUGUAGCCGCCAUCCCCAGACUGAUCCCCGAUGGCAUGAGCAGACAAGACCUAAUUGAGCUCCUGGCCAGACUGACGAUUCACAUGGAUGAGGAACUGCGUGGCCUGGCAUUCACCACUCUGCAGGCUCUGAUGGUGGAUUUCUCCGACUGGAGAGAGGAUGUGCUCUCGGGCUUUGUGUACUUCAUCGUGCGGGAGGUGACGGACGUGCACCCCACGCUCCUGGACAAUUCCGUCAAGAUGCUGCUGCAGCUCAUCAUUCAGUGGAGACAAGCUGUACAGAGCAGCAACCGCAGCCAGGACACACAGGGCUCUAAGGGGAGUGGGUGUCUACCUCUUGAGCGGUCUCCUGUCGUGGGUGUGCUGCACGUGGUGGAGGGUCUUGCUCUCGUGGUGCUGUGCAGUUGUAGGCCGGCCACGCGCCGCCUUGCUGUCAACGUCCUUAAAGAAGUGCGCGCACUCCACAACGCCCUGGGCAUCGCCAAGGGUGAUGAGGAGUUGGCAGUAGAUGUGAUGGAUAGAGUGAGCGCUUCCGUACUGGAGAGCUUCAUCCAUCUCACAGGUGCUGAUCAGACCAGCCUGCUGUACUGUCCCAGUGGAAUAGACCUCCAGACUCUGGCCGAGUGGAGCUCUUCUCCCAUCAGCCACCAGUUUGAUGUAGUCAGCCCAUCGCACAUUUGGGUUUUUGCACAUGUGACUCAGGGUCAGGACCCGUGGGUCAUCAGCCUGUCCAGCUACCUACGCCAGGAGAACCUGCCCAAGCACUGCCCCACUGCGCUGAGCUACGCCUGGCAUUUUGCCUCCACCCGGCUCCAGCUGCUCUCUCCACAAGUUGACAUCAAUAGCCCAAUCAAUGCUAAGAAGAUGAACAGCUUGAGCAGCAGCGACUCGUAUGUCGGCCUGUGGAGGAACUACCUGAUCCUUUGUUGCAGCUCCACAACCUCCUCUUCAUCCUCCUCUUCCUCUUCAUCCUCGGCCACCGGCUCUGUCCGCUGUUCCCCUCCAGAGACGCUGGCGUCUACCCCAGACAGUGGAUACAGUUAUGAGUCAAAGAUCAUUGGCAUUCCGUCCCCCUCUUCGUUGUUCAAGCAUGUGGUUCCUAUGAUGCGCUCUGAGAGCAUGGAUAUCACGGAGUCUCUUGUCCUGGGGCUUGGCCGGACCAACCCUGUUGCUUUCAGAGAGCUUUUAGAGGAGCUGAACCCCAUCAUUAAAGAGGCUCUGGAGAGAAGGCCAGAGAACAUGAAGCGGCGCCGGCGUCGUGACAUCCUCAGAGUCCAGCUGGUCCGGAUCUUUGAGUUGCUGGCCGACUCAGGAGUCAUCAGCCAGAUUGGGAGUGGGGGGCUGGAUGGGGAGAGCCAUUCUCUGAACAGUACCCUGUUGGAGUAUGUAGAUCUGACACGGCAGCUGCUGGAGGCUGAGAAUGACAAAGACUCAGACACACUCCGAGACAUCCGCUCGCACUUCAGCGCCCUGGUGGCCAACAUAAUCCAAAACGUGCCAGUGCACCAGAGGAGGAGUAUCUUUCCCCAGCAGUCUCUGAGACACAGUCUGUUCAUGCUGUUCAGUCACUGGGCCGGACCCUUCAGCAUCAUGUUCACGCCUCUAGACCGCUACAGUGACCGGAACAUGCAGAUAAACAGACACCAGUACUGCGCUCUCAAAGCCAUGUCUGCGGUUCUCUGUUGCGGUCCGGUGGCUGAUAACGUCGGUCUCUCGUCUGAUGGAUACCUCUACAAAUGGCUAGACAACAUCCUGGACUCACAAGACCGCAAGGUUCACCAGCUGGGCUGUGAGGCAGUGAUGUUGCUAUUAGAACUGAACCCAGACCAGAGCAAUCUGAUGUUCUGGGCCGUGGAUCGCUGCUACACAGGCUCUCGCAGGGUCGCCACUGGCUGCUUCCGCGCCAUUGCUAACGUCUUUCAAAACAGGGAUUAUCAGUUUGAUACAGUGGUGCUACUGAACCUGAUCCUCUUUAAGGCUGCAGAUUCUUCUAGAGACAUCUAUGAAGUGGCCAUGCAGCUACUUCAGAUCUUGGAGCCGAAGCUCUUCCGCUACGCCCAUAAAGUGGAGAUCCAGCGCACUGAUGGGGUCCUGACUCCGCCUUCACCGCUGCCCCACCUCUACUCAGUAUCUUAUUACCAGCUCAGUGAAGAGCUAGCACGAACCUACCCUGAGCUCACACUCCCCAUCUUCUCAGAGGUGAGUCAGCGGAUCCAGACCGCGCACCCUGGUGGUAGACAGGUGAUGUUGCACUACCUGCUGCCGUGGAUGAACAACGUGGAGUUGGUAGACUUUAAACCGCUGCUGCGCCGACAGGAGGAGGUUGAGGAGGAAGAAAACACACGCGAACGCGAGAUGAUGGUGAACAGCCGCCGGUGGCUCCGAGGAGAGGGUUGGGGAUCUCCGCAGGCAACCACCAUGAUCCUAAACAACCUCAUGUUCAUGACUGCUAAGUAUGGAGAUGAGUUUGCGUGGUCAGAGAUUGAGAAUGUAUGGACCACGUUGGCAGAUAGCUGGCCCAAAAAUCUCAAGAUCAUCCUACACUUCCUCAUCAGCAUAUCUGGAGUCAACAGUGAGCCAAGUCUCCUGCCUUAUGUAAAGCGUGUGGUGGUCUAUCUGGGAAGAGACAAAACCAUGCAGCUUUUGGAGGAGCUGAUGACCGAGCUGGAGCUGACUGACGCUGUGAGCUCAGCUGUAACCCACAUGGAUAACCCACCGUAUUACCGUAUCACGUCCUCCUACAAAAUUCCCUCCGUCACUGGCACUGCCUCCAGCAGUAACACUAUGGUUCCUGGCCCUGAUGGCCACCGUGACAACAAGAUCAAGGAUCCCAAUAUGGAGGACAAUUAUUCUCAUUUGGAUAUCUACAGUGGGCUAAACAGCAAUCUGAACAGACAGCACCAUCGUCUGGAAUCCCGUUACAGCAGCAGCUCUGGAGGUUCCUAUGAAGAUGAGAAAAGUGACUCUAUGCCAGUUUAUGCUAACUGGCGUUUGAAGGUCAUGGAACAUAACUGUCCUGAGCCCCUUCCAUUCCCACCCACAGGAGGCUGCUGGUCUCCACUGGUUGACUAUUUGCCAGAAACCACUGCACCUGGAAUUUCCCUUCACAGGUGUAACAUUGCUGUGAUCCUGCUCACUGACCUGAUUGUGGAUCACGGAGUUAAAGUGGAAUGGAGUGCUUACCUGCAUCUUCUACUGCAUUCCAUCUUCAUAGGUUUUGACCACCAGCACCCAGAGGUCUAUGAACACUGCAAGCGCCUGCUGCUCCACCUGCUGGUUGUCCAGGGAACCAACAACAGCGUCCAAUCGCUGGCCGCUGUUCUGCUGCGCAACCGCGAGUUCCACGAGCCCAGGGUUCUCACUGUUAAACCCAUCCCUCAAGAGUUCAACCUCACAGGUGUGUCAGAGUUGGCUCCCGAAUACCAGCCUUCCCCAAUGACAGACUCUGGUUUGAGUUCCAGCUCCACUUCUUCCAGUAUAAGUCUAGGUGGCACAGCUUUGCCACACCUUCCCCACACACUCCUCAGUGAAGUACAGCUGUCUGCCGAACAGGAUGAGAAAGUUAAAAACCUCAUUGAGUUCAUCAGCUCCAGGAAGCGAGGUCCGUUGUGGAAUCACGAGGACAUGUCUCCUAAAAACACCAACAUAAAGAGUGCCGAGCAACUCGGUGUCUUCCUCAGACACGUCGUUACGGUCUUCAAACAGAGCCAGUCAGGAUUCCAGUUGGAGCAGCUGUUGAGUGAAGUGGCGUUGCAGACUGCUCUGUCAUGCUCCUCUCGCCAUUACGCCGGUCGUUCUUUCCAGGUCUUCCGGGCUCUUAAACAGCCGCUCACAGCCUCCACGCUCUCGGACGUACUGUCGCGUCUAGUGGAAACUGUAGGAGACCCAGGAGAGGAGGCUCAGGGCUUUGUGAUAGAGUUGCUGCUAACUUUGGAGGCUGGUAUAGAUACUUUGGCUGAUAACAUGAAGAACUAUGACCUGCUCACAGCAUUAUCACAAGCUUCGUGCCAUGAUCCUUUGCUAGGUACCAAGUUUGCCAUCAACAGGAAGAGCACAGGCCAGCUUAACCUGAACACGAGUGGCCUGUUGCACGCACACUAUAGCCAUAUACGCAGUAACUCGCUACGAGCCAGUCUCCUGGGCGAGCGCAGAGGCGACCGCAGGAGGAGCAACACACUGGAUGUGGCCGAGCGCUCAGGAGCCAACCACGGCAACCUGGCCCGCACGCGCAGCUUAUCGUCCCUCUGUGAGGGUGGCGUGCUGGCUGGAGGUGGAGGGGGUGGGGGUGGUCCCGGGACUGGUACAGGAGACCCUGGCCCACCUGCAGACCCCACAAACCUGCUAGCGACGCUCUUCUGGAUUGCAGCGUCGCUCCUGGAGUCGGACUACGAGUUUGAGUACCUGCUGGCACUGCGUCUGCUGAACAGGCUGUUGGCCCAGCUGCCCCUAGACAAAGCUGACAGCAGGGAGCGACUGGAGCGUGUGCAGACCAAGCUGCGCUGGUACAACUUCCCCGGCCUGCUGCAGCUGUUCCUCAAGGGGUUCACCUCCGCUGCCACACAGGAGCUCACCAUACACCUGCUGAGCAAGCUCAUCAGUGUGUGUCGACACACACUCGUGGACCCUUCACAAGUGGCAGGUUUUCCACUGAACAUCUUGUGCUUGCUUCCUCACCUGAUCCAGCACUUUGACAGCCCCACAGCAUUCUGCAAGGAGGCAGCAGACCGCAUUGCCAAAGUCUGUGCUGAGGAGAAGUCGGCCACGCUGGCCAACCUAGCGCACAUGAUGAGCCUGUACUCCACACACAGCUACUCCCGAGACAGCACCAACUGGAUCAACGUUGUUUGCCGCUACCUCCAUGAUGCUUUCGCAGACAUCACCUUUAACCUCAUAACAUAUCUAGCUGAGUUGCUAGAGAAAGGGCUACCCAGCAUGCAACAGUCGCUGUUGCAGAUUAUUUACAGCUUGCUGAGUCACAUAGAUUUGUCAGCCGCCCCUGUCAAACAGUUCAACCUCGAGAUCAUGAAGAUCAUUGGCAAAUAUGUACAGAGCCCAUAUUGGAAAGAGGCCCAGAACAUUCUGAAGUUGGUGGUGUCUCGCUCUGCCUGUUUGGUGGUACCUGAUGAGGUGCAGCGCUCCUACAGUGCCGAGUCGUCAGGUUCACCCGAAAUCACCUUCACGCGCAUCUUCAACAACGCCUCCAAAGAGCUGCCUGGCAAAACACUGGACUUUCACUUUGACAUCUCCGAGACACCCAUAAUAGGGCACAAGUAUGGAGAUCAGCGCAAUGCAGCCGGUCGUAACGGAAAACCUCAGGUCAUUGCUGUGACCAGGAGCACAUCCUCCACAUCAUCUGGGUCAAACUCAAAUGGCCUGGUACCAGUCAGCUGGAAGAGACCUCAGCUGUCCCAGAGGAGAACUCGAGAGAAGCUGAUGAAUGUCCUGUCUCUGUGUGGACCAGAGACUGGCCUGCCCAAAAAUCCUUCCGUCGUGUUCUCCUCAAAUGAGGACCUGGAUGCAGGUGACCAGCAGACCAGCCUUAUCCCCACAGUAGAGGAAGUGACACGGGAGGAGGAUGGGCAGGCAGAAGAUGCAGGAAGUGAGCAGCAGUUUGGAGUGUUCAAGGACUUUGACUUCCUGGAUGUAGAACUGGAAGACGCAGAGGGUGAGAGCAUGGACAACUUUAACUGGGGCGUGCGGCGGCGCUCUCUGGACAGCAUGGACAAAGGUGACACACCGUCAUUGCAGGAGUGCCAGUACACAGGCAGCACGCCAAGCCUCAAUCUGACCAACCAAGAAGAUACGGAUGAGUCAUCUGAGGAGGAGGUACUGAGCGCUAGCCAGAUUCUCACCCGCUCCAACCUCCUCAAUAGUGACUCUGCUACUGAUGACGCCACGUCCAAUCACUUGGAUUCUCUACAGCAAUCCCAGGAGUCUUCCAGUAGUAUCCUCACUGAGGAAGCUCUGCCCACCCCACCACUGCCCCGCCCAGACAGCCCUAUCCAUGAGACCACGCAUUCUGACAGCAAUAUGAGCCAGCUGCCUGAGGAGGCUAGCGUGAUGGCAGUGGAUGAGCUGAGCAGCAGUGUCAGUGAGGACACGGGCUUUUGCAGUGCCCCCCCUUUACCGUCAGACCCCCCAGAGCUGUGUGAGCUCCCUGACCCUCCUGAUGACCCAGACCCUGCUCCUCCACCUCUAGGCAUGGACAGUCCACCUGGAUCACUUUGUGAAGAAGAGACCGCACCGGACUCGGUGUGUGAUGAAGAUGUGACCCUAGCACUCAAGGAGCUCGAUGAGAGGUGUGAAGAAGAAGAAGCUGACUUCUCUGGCAUGUCCAGUCAGGAUGAGGGUGACGCGGAUGGUUUCCCUGAGCUCGGAUCCUCUCCACCCCCGUCUCCUUUUCUCUCUGCCAUCCUGGCAGCAUUCCAGCCCGUCACCUAUGAUGACGAGGAGGAAGCCUGGCGUUGCCACGUCAACCAGAUGUUAUCCGAUAUGGACGGAUCCUGUGCUGUCUACACUUUUCACGUGUUCUCUCGUCUCUUCCAGCACAUUCAAAGAAAAUUUGACUCAAUUACCCACACUUCAGUACGUUUUCUUGGUGACGGGCUCCAGCGAAUGGGAAACCAGUUCCUCAGUUCCCUUGAGGUCAUGACCUCCUGCUCGCAGUGCCCUACAGUCUUACUGGAUGCAGAGACUCUGGUUUCUUGUGGGCUGUUGGAGACAUUAAAAUUCAGCGUACUGGAGUUGCAGGAGCACCUGGACACAUACAAUGGCAAAAGAGAGGCAGCUGAACAGUGGUUGGAGAAUUGCAGAAAGACCUUCGGUGAUAAAGACAGCAACCGUCGACCGACCACUCAAGUUCAGCAAAUGGAAAUUCUAGCAGAGCUGGAGCUGUGUCGGAGGUUGUACAAGCUUCAUUUUCAGCUGCUGCUGCUCUUUCAGGCCUACUGCAAACUCAUUAGCAGAGUGGAAACCAUAAAGAGAGAGGCCGAGAUAACUAACAUGUCGGAGGAGCUCGCCAUUUUGGAAAGCUGUCUAAAAGAGGCGGAGUCAGUGAGCGAUGGACAGGAAGGCGUGAGCGUGUCUGCAGCAGUGCAGUCCAACACGGAGACGGCUAUCCACUCGCUGAUCGAGAGCCUCCGUGCACAAGACUUCAGUUCUGCCCUUGCACAAGUCAAAGCCUUUAGAUGCUUGUGGCCUAAUGACAUUUUUGGCAGUGAGAAGGACAAUGCAGUGCAAACCUUGCUGCAUAUCUACUUCCGUCACCAGACACUGGGUCAGACCGGUUGUGUAGCUGUGGUGGGGCCAAGCAGAGAUCUGUCUCAGGCCAGCGGUCGCCUCAUGGAGCUCAACCUGCAGAUCCGCGAGGCUUUACGCCAGGCACAGAGCUCCCAGAGCCACAUUUACAACCAAACCCCCACUCCUGAGACCCAGAUCAACGCACACAAUACAGUCCUCAGCUCAGGACUGUGAAAAAACCUGCAAGUCAAAGGUCUAGGCUAGUGAGUGAGCUCCAGCAGCGAAGGAGCAGAUGUAUGGUGUCUUUAGUGGGAGCAGCUAAGGGCUGGGGUAUUUCUUGACACUUCACCUUAAAGGGCUAAUGGAUGUAUGUAUGUGUGUGUGUGUGUGUGUGUGUGUGUGUGUGAGGAUAAUAUUGACUUUAACUGUGCUACAGACACACAUUCCUUUUCCUCUUCUUUUCCUUGCCAUUUAUUUUUGUUCUUUCUCUGAAAUAAUGUGCAACAGCUGUGUAAAGCACUGAUGACCAGACUGAGGAAGAGAUAUCGGGCGAUGAUGAUGCUAAACUGGAAAUUUUAGCGGAACGACCUAUGACCUCUGUGUCAAAAAAAAAAAAAAAGACCUGUGUCUAAAGCACUGGGAUCGUAAGGGUUGUUUGGUGAUGGUUGCUAUGGAAAGUCAUAUUUUACUCAUCGAACACAAAACAGUAAGUGCAUAAAAGUUUUCAAAUGCAUGCUCGAAAGUGAGAAAGCACUGCAAGAAAUAUUUUUUGAGAAAUCUAUUUUUUAUUAGAGCUAACAAUCCUAGGUUGUAAAUGUAAAGGGUAUUUAAUGUAUAAUUGAGAAGCUAGGGCUCGGCCCUCGGACUCCUGUAUAAAGAGAGGAAUAACUUUAUUGACCUGCAUUGAGCAGAAACUUUAGCUUUCACUGGGUUGCUCUAACAAACUCGUACUCUAUAACCAAAUAAGUAGCUGCCUGUAGACAACCGUAGACUCAUGUGUCAGCGUGUGUGGAGGCAUCUGUGUGUGAGAGCGUGAGAGUGUUUAUGUAUGGCUGAUCUUUGCACACACACUCUCACAUGCACAUUAGCACAUUAAAAUGCACACACAUUUGUGCAAACUGGCUGCAACUCAUUAUGGAAAUGUCAAUAACUUAUUGUACUCUGUAUAUAUUUUAGAAAAAUGUAUAGUGUAAAAGCAGUAUUUUUCCCCUUGUACAUUUGUGUAAUGCACUGUUCAACCAGAAUAGAGUAUGAAGCUAAUGCAAAAAAAGGUCAAAAAAUAAAUCAAUAAAAAUUGAAAAAAAAAAAAAGCUGUAACAGUCACUAACAAACCUCUCUGCCCUCGGAUACGCAAAUUUAAUUUUCAGCUUUUUCUUUUAACCAGCAAGCGUGGCUGGGAGCAGAUGAUGGGCCUCGUCCGUUCCCAUCAUUCUGAUGCUCUGUUGCCUUUUCCCAGCUGUGCUUGGACAUAUGCAUUCCUUAAUCUCCACUGUGAUCUUCACAUUGGCUCGCAGUCUUCUGCUGACGCCAUGCUUUAAAGUCCCUGCCGAGGGGGGAAACUGGGGGCCGGUGGUCAUCCAUGUUGGCUCGGUGUAAUCUCCCAGACUCAGGGCUGCACUGAUGAUAGCUCUGCUGCGCUUUUUUUCAAAAGCACUGUGCUUCUUUUCUGCUUGACCACAACACGAAGCGCUGGGCCAGCGUUUAUUUACAGCGUUGGAGGGACAUGAUAAUGUCACGGCACAUUUUUAUUUUUUAAAUUAGUCACUGUAUUCAUUCCUUAGAAAACUUCUCUCUGUUGCUUGUCUGGUACAUUUUUGGAUGCUGUUCUUAAUUAUUUAAUGGUUAUAUUAUUUACCUGGAGAAAAUAGUUUUUAUUUAGAGGUGCAUUAUCCAGUUUUUUGAUCAUGUUCCUUUUUUGUUUGUUGGUUUGUUUUUAUUUUUCCUCGGUCAUCUCACUCACCUGCCUUACCCUGUCCUGAUUUAAAUAAAAAGCAAAUUGAACACA